CGGGCGGCGCGGCGCGGCUGGGAGGCGAUGGCGGGCUGCGGGCCGGGCGCGGGGCGCGGGGAGCGGCGGGCCGUGCUGGCCCUGGCGCUGGCACUGGCCCUGGCGCUGGCGCUGGCCCUGGCCUGCCUGUUGCUGCUGCGGGGCGCGCUGCUGGGCGCGGCGGCGCUGGGCGCGGCGGGGGCCUGGUGCGCGAUGCGGCCCGGCCCGCCCGUGCCGCGCCCGCCCGGGAAAGCCGCCGCCAACGGGGGCCCGGUCGCUGCCUCGGGCCGGGCCGGGAGGGCCCCGCCGCGCCGCCUCGGCCUGGGGGUCCCGCACUGCUCGCCGCAGGCCCCGCGCCGCCGCUACCCGCUGCCGCAGGGCCGGAGCCCUGUGCCGGUCGGGCUGCCUGCCGCCCGCUGGGAGAGCUGUUCGCCCCGGAGCGCGCCCUGGGCCCGCCGGGCCGGCCCGCUGCGCAGCCCCGUCACCGUCAGGAUCGCCCGGCCGGCCGCCGGCCUGGCCCGCUCCCCAGCCCUGGAGCAGCUGAUCUCACCCGUGGCCUUCCCAGCCAACAGCAGCCUGGAUCCGUGUGCAAAAGAGACUGUGCUGAAUGCCAUCAAGGAGAGCAGGAAGAGAGCUGUGGAGGAGGAGGAGGAGGAGGACCAGGCUUUUGGAAAUGAUCAGGAGAGCAAGAGAAGGCGUCACGAUAGCAGUGGAAGUGGGCAGUCAGCAUUUGAGCCAUUGGUAGCCAACGGUGCCCCCGCCUCUCUCAUACCCAAGCCUGGCUCUCUGAAGAGGGGCCUUGUCUCACACUGCCCAGAUGACUGCUCAAACAAGAGGUCACGCACCUCUUCCAUGAGCUCCCUCAACAAUACAUAUGCUGGCGGGAUCCCCAGCUCCAACCGCAACGCCAUCGCCAGCUCCUACAGCUCCAGCCGGGGCCUCUCACAGGUGUGGAAGAGAAGUGGUGUGAGUGUGUCCCCGCUGUCCAGCCCAGCGUCCUCCCGCUCCCAGACGCCAGAGUGGCCUCUCAAGAAAGCCAGGGAGGAGGAGUUGCAUCGCUCCAACACUUCCACUCCAGUGAAAUCGGACAAGGAGCUGCAGACAGAGAAAGAGGUGGAAGCGCGGGUGCAGAAGAAGCAGAAUUCCUUGAGCCCACCGUCCGCGCUGGGGAGCAGUGGGAAGCGCAAGCGGAAGAUCCAGCUGCUGUCGUCUCGCCAGGGGGACCAGCUGGCGCUGCCCCCGCCACCUCAGCUGGGCUACUCCAUCACAUCGGAGGACCUGGAUGCGGAGAAGAAGGCAGCGUUGCAGUGGUUCAACAAAGUUUUGGAGGAUAAGGCUGAUGUGGUCCCCAGCACCACUGCAGAGACUACUACGCCCGUGUCCAGGCCACUGGCAUUCACCGUGACCUCCUCGGGGCCUGCGACUGCCUCAACAGCCCCUGCCCCUGCCAGCACCAACUCGCUUCUGGACAGCCUGAAGAAGAUGCAGAGCAGCCAGGCUGCACCCACGCCAGCAGACUCCACUGGAGCCGCAGUAGUGUCCCAGACACCCUCAUCGGCUGCACAGCCACCUGCUCCUGCUGUAUCACUGGAGUCGAGUUCUCUGCCUGCCACCUCUGCUGACACCAAACAUGUGCCCGCAUUGAGCGUGCCUGCCCCUACCGCCCCCACUGCCUUGGGGGCGCAGGCCCCCAGCGGCCUGGCAUCUCCUGCGUUCACGGAGCUAGGCCAGACCCCCAGCAGGACUCCCUCUUUCCCGAAGCCAAGCAUCCUUUUUGGGCUGCUGAACACCCCUCCUGCCAGCCAGCCAGCAAUGACUGCUGCCACUGCUGUGCCCACCACGACAGCUGCUGUGCCCACCACGACCCCAGUCUUCAAACCCAUCUUUGGCGCUUUGCCGAAAAGUGAGAGCACAGCACCCUGUACUACGGCUGUCGUCUCUGCCACAGUCACUGUGCCUGCAAGCUCAGGCCCUUCCUCCACAUCCUCCACCACCACUGUGUUCAAACCAAUCUUUGGCAGCAUCACCACAGCUUCAUCUCCAGAGAAGACCUCUCCUUUCACCUUCAAACCAACACCGCAGCCAGCCUCAGCCGCAGAGCUGCCAGCAGCUUCCACGACUACCCUGGCAGGGUUCACAGGUCUUCCUAACGUCAUCUUCACUACUGCAGCUACGACUGCCACCACGCAGAGUUCCUCCACAGAUGCCACCAUUAAACCUGUCUUCAGCUUCGGACUUGACCCGCCCACUUCCACCAGCCCCACCACCAGCCUGACUGUCACCGCUGCCACGUCCACCAGCACAUCGCAGCCCUUCCUGUUCGGGGCCCCAGCCAGCUCAGCUCCCAGCACAGAAACCAGCUUUGCCACUCCAGGGCCUGUGUUCCAGUUUGGAAAGCCACCUCCAACCACAGUCACUGCCACCACCAGUGUCCCAGGAGUUCCUGCCUUUGGCCAGGCACCUGCAAACUCAACAGCUCCUACCACCACUGUGGGCUUUAGCAUAUUUGGGAGCACCAUGCUGACUACUUCUACCCCAGCCACCACAGGUCAAGCGACGUUGAUGUUUGGCUCAUCUGUUUCAGCUUUUGGCAGUUCCUUCAGCACAAGUGCAAAGCCGCCACCACCAUAUCCCAGUGCAGCAAGCCAGCCUGCCUUCAGCGCUGGUGCUGCGGAGAGCCAGCCACCCACCAGCAAGGCUGCUACUGGUCCUGUCAGCUUUGGCCCCCCAUUCAGUUUCGGACCUCCCAUGGCCCAGUCUGCUGCUCAGCCGGCAUUUGGUAGCAAUGCUCAGCCAGCCUUUGGCACAACAAGUGCCCAGGGCUCCUUCGGCACCAGCAGCACCCAGGCAGCGUUUGGGACCACCACGUCGGUCUUCUCUUUUGGGACAGCCACCUCCACCACCUCCAGCUUUGGUUCAGCCACCCAGACCACAAGCAGCAGCACUGGCACUGCCGCCUUCGGCACCACCCCUUCUCCUUUCACCUUUGGGGCGACUGCCCAGCCGGGCCCCUCUGCCAGCGCCUUUGGGAUCGGCACGCCCGCCCUAAGCAGCGGCUCCCCUGCCGUGCCGUUCAGCUUCGGGGCUGGGCAGAGCGGGACAGCCCCAGCGGCAACACCAUUCGGCUCUUCCCUGACGCAGAGCGCGCUGGGUGCGCAGAAUCAGAGCACACCCUUCGCCUUCGCCGUGCCCAGCACGCCCAACAAGCAACCUUCGUUCGGAGGAACUCCUGCACCCACCUUUGGGCAAAGCACUCCUGUCCCGGGAACAGUGGGCAGUGGAAGCAGUAGCCUUUCCUUCAGGACACCCAGCACUCCUGCCUCGGGUUUUGGAGGAGUUGGUGCUGCCUUCGGUUCGUCCACCCCCACCUUCUCCAUCGGGGCAGGAUCCAAGACGGGUGCUCGCCAGCGGCUGCAGGCACGGAGACAACACACCCGCAAAAAGUAACCUCCAGCCGCCUGCCGGGCCCCCGCCGCCAGCCUGUGUGAGGAACCCCUGCACACGCGUGGGGGACUCCGGUCUGGAGCGGGGCCAGCAGUGACAGGGCCAGGGCCCCAUCUCUGACGCCAGCUGGAGACCAUGCUGGGUGGCAGCAACCAGGGUGGGACGGGAUAAACCAAACUCUUCUUACUUGAACAGUUCUUCAGCCAAGGCUGGAAGAACCUCUGUACAUAUCUGCAGCGUUUCCUCCCUCACUUUAUUUUGCCAUGUUUCAUAUGUGUAAAUUUUUUCCCAUUUGCUUCUUCUAGCUGUUCCCUGAGCCCUCCUCUCCAGCCCCCCCCAACAGUCAGCCCCACGGCACGGCAGCUGGCAGAGCCACACUUCCCCACUUGCAGCCCAGCUGGAGAUGUGCUGUGUUCCUGCCGGCCGCAGUUCCAGGCUGCUGAGGGGAUGCCAUCUUCACCAGGUCCCGAAAUCUUUCCCUGUUGUUUCAUCCCGUGGCCUGGUGAACGUGCUCCCUCCAGAGGGCUCUGCUUCACUGCCGUCCCUGCAGAACUCGAGCCGGGGUUAGUGCCAGCCUGGUGUGGGUGUCUCAGUGCCAUGGGCGACUUUCUGGAGCUGGGUGGCAACCCCCUGGCUGUGACCUAAUCUCCCAUCUGACCUCCAGCUGUGGGACCUCGGCUGGAGGUCUGGGCUGUGGGUCCUUCCGCCCCCCUCCCAGCUGCCGAGCAGCCCCUCCGGCCCUCGCUGCUCCCCGCUGGGCUGUGGGCUCCCCUGACCCUGCUCGCGUGAAGCCCCCUCUGUUUUGCUUUAUUCGUGCUCCUGUUUCGAUGCGCUCAUUGAAUCGAGUUUGGAGGAAGAACUGAACCGUGUGUGUGGCGGCAUGUUGGUUAUGCCGGAUUUGCUGUUUGGAGUUUCUUUUUUUUGGAGGGCACCCGUCCCUUAGCGGAGGACUUGCCCUGGCUAAUUGGGUGUUGACAGUAGCAUCACUGCGUGGCUGCUCGUGCUGGGGGAGUUGUCCCUUUGUCGUUGUGACUGAAAGGCAGGCAGCCAGGGUCAGGGGGACGGGGCCUGGACCCGCAGGCAUGGGGGCUCCAGCCCUGGCAGUCUCUCCCCUCCCUUCCCCUCCUGGUGCCCCUUCCCUACCUCGGGGUGCUCUGGAGCUGCUAAGAGUCCAGAGCGGGUGGGUUCCCCCUACUCCCCAAAUUCACAUUGUUUUGGGUUUUUUUUAACCUCAUCCCCAUCCUUUUGGGUUUUACCAGCUCUUAGGAGCUACGGUGCUGCCUCCUCUGUUCCCAUCCAGCCAGGAGUGGGGCCUGUCCCCCUGCCUGGGUGCUCCCAUGGGAAGAGACUGCUGGAGCUGGGGGUCACCCAAGAGCCAUCCCCUACCCUGCCCUGGGCAAGGGAUGGGGUCCCCACCACUUCCAGGAGUGCUUUGCUGCCAGGUUUUUUACUCUCCGAGCCGUGUGAGUGUGUGUGUCUGCCGAAGUCUAAAUUAAAAAAAAAAAAAAAAGAAAAAAAAAUCACAAACAAAUAUUUAAACAUUUUUUAACAAAAUAAAAAUUUAUUUUUAUAUUUAAGCUAAAUUGCCUUUGAAUUCCUUCAAGCUUGGUUCAGUGAGGUUGCCUGACCCCGCAGUGCUGUUGGUAGUGUUUAGCUGUGCUGUCACAGCCCCGUGAGGAGCUGGCCUGUGCCCUGGCUGUGCCCGCAGGGACUGGCUGUGCUGGGGAAAGGCAGCUAUGUCCCGUGGGCACUGCCACAGUGCGUCCUCCCACCCUCUAACAUCUCCUUAAUUUUAAAAUGUGAUGUAUGUGGAUGUGACUAAACAUUUUUUUUUUAAAUUCUUUCUCUGAGGAUGAGGAGCAGGAGCUCUUUUGUGUGUUACGGUGACGAGUGGUUUUCUUGUCUGCCAGGAACAAGGCGUCUCUCCCAGCAGGCAGAAGAAGGGCAGGUGACCAGGCUCUGUGCAGCCGAGGGGACACAGCCCCUCAGAGCGGUGGCCGAGGGUGUGCAGGCUUCCCCUGCCAGCAGGUUUCUAGCCUUCCCCUGCCAGCGUGCCCGAGGGGGGCAGUGGGCUGUUAGAGCAGAGCAGGCCUGGGACAAUGUGUCCUUGGGGCUUGAGGAUGUGGCUGAAAAGGGCUUAGCGCAACGGCUGGCCCCGGCGGUUCCUCCCUGUGCCCUGGGCAGGGUGCUGAGCCCAGAGAGCGUCGGCUCCGCAGCCCUUGCCAGUGGCACAGCGCUGGACAGCAGCUCAGGGCGGGCAGCUGGGCUUUGGCCACGUCAGCUCCAGCAAGACCCAUGUGGCAGAGGGAGAUGGGGAUAAGCAGGGUACAAGACGAGGGCAGCCUGGGGAGCACGGGCUCUGAGUGCUGCCCCAUCUAGGUCCCAGGUGCCCAGCCCUGCGAGGAGACGGGCUGCAUCCCUGCUGGGAGCGACCCUUGCGCCUGGCCUGCCCUAUGUAUGUGGCCAGAGGGAGGGUGGGUUUUAACUCAAACUCAAGACUUGGAUCAUUCCUGGUGUGGCUGAUGAGGAUUUUAGUGUGAAUGUGCAAUUUUUUUCCUUGCUUCUUAUGUCCCUGGUUUAAAAUAAAAAGACUGUGUUCACACCUGC